UACGCAAAGAUUUGAAGGUUUAACAACCAAAAUAAUAUAAAUAUAAAAAUUUAUAGAGAAAAAUAAAAGAAUCCCAAAACUUUAAAUUUUUAAAAGAAAAGAGAAACACUACCUAAAAAGAAGUCAACCUUGGUUUUGUGUGUAUAGAUAAUCUUCUUCUUGAAUCUUCUUUUUUUCUCUCCAAUUAAGGAGCUUCUUCUCCUUCUUUCUUCUGUGUGUGGAGCUUCUGGUUCAAAAGAAUUAUGAGAAGAAUUUUGAAUCCUCUUGUGGGAAGAAGCUUCAAGUCCUCUGAUUUCAGACGUCUGGUCCAAUCCGCUUUUACUCGCCUCCGAGCGCUGAAAAACCAUCACCAUCGGAGAUACUCCGAAGGUCGUGACGACGUCGUUCGUCUCCUUCAAGAUGGCCUUUCCGGCCUUGCUCUCUCUCGUUGCGAGGAAAUGAUUGAACAUCAAAAUCUUUUGGAUGCUUAUGGUAUGAUUGAAGGAUAUCUCAAUCUCUUGAUGGAAAGCAUCUACCUCCUUGGACGUGGAAGAGAAUGUCCAGAUGAAUUGAAGGAGGCAGUGUCAAGUGUAGUAUUUGCAUCUUCAAGAUGGAAGGAUUUUUCCGAACUUGAAGACAUUAAAUCAAUAUUGACGUCUCAAUUUGGCAAAGAAUUUACUGGUCGUGCUGUUGAAUUACGCAACAACAAUAGUGUAAAUGAUUCGAUAAUGCAAAAGUUAUCUACAAGGAAGCCAAAUAUGGAUAGUAAAAUGAAUCUUCUUAAAGUCAUUGCUUCUGAUAAUGGUAUUACUUUGCAACUCAACGAAGAGGAUGCACUAUGUAGUUCGAUUCAAACUAGAAAGCGAAGCAGGCAACAAAACCGAAGUGAGACUUUGGCCACAAACUCCUAUCAAACCCGCAGCUCAAGUCGCAAACACAGACGUUGAUAUAUUUAUGGAAUUACUAUAUUUUUGUAAUAUUAAUAGUCUAUCUAUUUUGAGGUUUAACGCUCUAUGAAUUUCUCAA